UUGUCGCGUGUGCAUCAACAAAGUUGAACAAAAUAAUGCGAUUAUUAAAGUUGGUCACACUUGCCUUUGUGCUUAUAGUAGUUUUUGCUAUUGAAUGCACGAAAAGCGCGAAAAUACUUGCGGUAUUUCCCUUUUCGGGACCCUCACAAUACAUAUGCGUGCAGGCAUAUUUGAAAACAUUGGCGGCGCGUGGACAUGAAGUCACUACCGUUUCGAUGUUUCCACAAAAAACGCCACUUAAAAGUUUUCGUGAUAUAGUUUUGAGAAAAGAAGAGGACGAACAUGAAGACAUGAUUAUCGAAGCAAUUGACGUGGAGAAGAGUAAAUUGAAUGAACUGCGCUUUUUAGGUGAUUAUGUUACGUUGGGCGCCUUGGCAGCAUUCCAAAAUGAAGAAUUUCAUCAACUGCUGCACUCCAAUGAGCAUUUUGAUCUCAUUAUUAUCGAGGCCUUAUUUCUGGAAUCACUCUACGCCUUGGGCGAUCACUUCAAAGCACCUAUGAUUGGCGUCUGCACAUUUGGCAGUAAUGCCGUAAUCGACCAAUAUGUGGAUAAUAUUUCGCCGACAGCAUAUGUGCCAGCACCGAAUGGCAAACAUUUGGAUCGCAUGAAUUUCUGGCAACGUUUGGACAACUUAUACAUAAACACAAUAGAGUUGUUGUAUAAUCAUUUGAUACUAAUUCCAGAACAGCAAAGAUUGUACGAAAAAUACUUUCCGAAUGCCACCGCGGAUUUAAGUGAAGUACGUCGAGAUUUCUCACUGCUGCUGUUGAAUCAACAUUACUCAUUUAACUAUGCACGUCCUUUGGUGCCGAACGCUAUCGAAGUGGCUGGCAUGCAUAUUGAUCACAAACCAAAAAAAUUACCAGCUGACAUGGAAGCUUUCAUUAACGCCUCUGCGCACGGCGCGAUUUACUUUUCGCUUGGUUCGAAUGUGAAGAGCGCCUAUCUGCCGAAGCGAAAAUUGGACGAGAUUUUGAAUGCUUUUGCCAAGCUACCAGUAAAUGUUUUGUGGAAAUUUGAGAAGGAUGACUUACCUGGCAAGCCAAGGAAUGUGUACAUCAGCAAAUGGUUUCCGCAGCCAGAUAUACUCGCCCACCCCAAUGUGAAACUCUUUAUUACGCAUGGCGGCAUGCACAGUCUGCUGGAAGUGGUGCAUCACGGCAAGCCGAUCGUGGGUAUGCCCGUAUUUUACGAUCAGCAUUUGAAUGUGGCACGCGCUGUGGCAAAGGGUUUCGGUGUGAGUUUGAACUUCAGGGAUUUCACUAGUGACGAAUUAAGAAAUGACAUUCUCGAAGUGCUCAACAAUCCGAAAUAUGCCGCGAAAGCGAAAGAGAUCUCAGCGAGUUUUCACGAUCGCCCCAUGAAGCCGCUCGAUACGGCGAUCUAUUGGACCGAGUAUGUGCUGAGGCAUAAGGGAGCAAUACCGUCAAAGGUCACAUCUCAAAUCCCACAAUAA